AUGUCAUUUAGAGUCCCAGACAGAACGGGUUCCAAACGGAGCAGAUCUCGCUCUCCCUCAUCCUGGCGCCGCCCUGAGAAAUUGCCUCGUCAAACGGAUGGCGAUAGCCCGGCGAAGGAUCGUUCGCGAGGAUCUCGAUACAAGGGUCCCUCCGGGCGGUAUCCGUGGAGUAUGAAAGAGCAGACUCAGUUGAACCAACUUCAAGAGGAUGAAAAAAUGCGGGAAUGGGUUGCCCAAGAAGACGAUUUCGUGCUGAAGCAAGCAAAGAAAAAAGCAGAGAUACGAGUGAAGGAAGGACGUGCAAAGCCAAUUGACUGGCUUGCAAUUACCCUACGAGUCAUCGAUCCUACAAAAGACCCUUUGGAUGAUGAAAUAGCUGAUUCGGAACUCGACCUGAUCGACCCAAAUGGCGUUUUCGAGGGAUUGUCACCCGACCAACUACGUGACCUGGAGGCAGACAUAGACACUUUUUUGACACUUGAAAAGCACCAUAAGAAUCGGGAUUUUUGGAAGACAAUGAAAGUAGUCUGUGGAGACCGCAGACAGAAUUCCCAAGCGUCCGCACCUGAAGGUCGAGCGAUGAAUUCUGUUGUUGAAGAUAUUAACAGACUUCUCAGCCCAAAGUCACAAGAAGAGCUUGAAACGCUUGAGGUGCAAAUCAGGCGGAAGCUUGCCUCCAAGGAUCCUAUCGACACAGAUUACUGGGAGCAACUCCUGAGAAGUUUAACAGUUUGGAAAGCUCGAGCGAAGUUGAGGAAAGUCUACCAAGCUGUUAUUGACAGCCGCGUCCAGGGGCUGCAGAAACAGCAGAGGGAAGAAGCGGCAGCUGUACAGAAGAAACUUGCACCGCUCGCCCCUUUUUCGGAAGGAAAUGGCGGCAUGUCCCCAUCCCACGCCAACAAAGAAAUAAUACAGGAACUUGACCCCGAGCCGCUUCUGCAUCUUCGGCCUCAAGAUAAAGGACUUGAGAUUCUAGACGAAGAAGCUUUUCUAAGCACAGUGGCCCUUGACCGUCAAAAGAUUCUUAAAAUGGGAUUUGUCCCUCUACGGCACCGUACUGCAGGGAGACAGUCAGCCUUAGUUGCGACAUCUGCCGUAAAUACGUCUCCUGCCCAAUUUUCGUCUCGGUUUGCUGCGAUUCCAAAUGAAGAUUUUUCUCAGGCCACAAAAGCUCUGUACGAGCGAGAAGUGGCAAGAGGAGUAAGCGAGAAUGAAGAGAUUUUUGCUGGCGAAGAAGCCGUGAAUACUGUUGCGAAGCCAACCUGGGCCAACAAGUACCGGCCUCGCAAGCCGAGAUAUUUUAAUCGUGUGCAGAUGGGUUAUGAGUGGAAUAAGUAUAAUCAAACCCACUACGACUACGAUAACCCACCGCCAAAGGUCGUUCAAGGAUAUAAAUUCAAUAUAUUUUACCCUGAUCUUAUCGAUAAAACCAUGGCGCCGACUUAUAAAAUAGAGCGGGAAAAUGGCAGGAAACGCGGGCAGUCAUUUGCUCCAGCUGGGGAAGAGGAUACUUGUCUCAUUCGUUUUGUUGCCGGUCCUCCCUACGAGGAUUUAGCAUUUCGGAUUGUGGACAAGGAAUGGGAUUAUAGUGCAAAAAGGGAGAGGGGAUUUAAGAGUAGUUUUGACAAGGGGAUUCUCCAACUUCAUUUCCAGUUCAAAAAGAUAUAUUACCGCAAAUAA